AUGAAGACUACAUUGCCCUCCUACUUUGGACCGUUGCCUGUCGGUUCGUUUGUGUUCGAGCUGAGUGUGCCAUCGGAACUCCGUUUAAAAUUUGACACAAUUGAACCCAUGGAGACGUUAAAAGCUCGCAUUUUUUAUCCCAUCGAUCCCAACCAACCACAUUCUACGCGUGACGAUGAGUACUGGUCGUGCUUCCGCGAGGGAAUGCCUGCAGAAUCAAAGGGCAUUCGUCGCAUGGCUUUUCAUUUAUGUUCCUUGUAUUUUGCCAAUACGACUCUCCCUAUUUACGAUGGUCAAUUAUGCUUGCCGGCGGAUAACGGGAAACUGCCCGUUGUUAUAUUCUCCCAUGGUUUGAUGGGCAACCGCAACAUAUACUCUACGCUUUGUGGAAGUCUUGCUGCUUAUGGUAUUGUCGUGGUCGCAAUGGAACAUCGUGACCACUCUGCAAUCAUAACAACAGUUCGUGACCCUGCCGUCGCAGAUGAGAAACCACACGUCAUUAACUAUCAUGACCUUGGUGACCUGUACUCUAAGAAGACUGAAGUCAAGCAACAACAUCGUCUCCUGUUUCGUUUGCGCGAAAUUCAGCUUGCCAUCCGGGCGUUACGUAACAUAAAUGAGAAAGGUGCUAUCUGGCCCGGCUCGCCAGUCGAAUUUUCUACAAGUGCAACACACUAUGAACCGGUUCUCCUUGCACUUCGCAACCGUUUGCAAGUGGGAAAAGGUGAAAUAAUGCUUGCUGGGCAUUCCUUCGGAGCAGCAACCUCUGUUUUCAUAUCCAGAUACGCCGAACCUUCUCCCAUUGAAGGUUACCCCACAAAAGAAGAUGUUAAAUGUCUCAUGCUUUAUGACAUAUGGAUGCUUCCCGUUGUGCAAUUAAACGUCUCCGCACUGGAACACAAAACCAUUAUUAUCAUUUCACAUGAGUUCCGAAACUGGACUGAAAAUUUCUCCGCUUUGCGUGAUUGGACACGCAUUGAUACACAACAAAAUGAAGAGAGUGGAGCUAUGAAACAGGAACGCCUUGCCACGAUAAAGGUUCCUCAUCUUUCUCGUCUAUUCAUCUUCCACGGCACCGCCCACAGCUCCCAAAGCGAUGUGCAUCUUGUCUCGCCGACACUGUUGAAGCGCAUAUUUCGUGUGAAUGUGGAGGCAGAUCCUAAUACUGCUAUGGACAUCAAUGUCCGUGCUUCUGUUCAGUUCCUUCGCGAAAAUGGCGUUCAAAACCUUCAUGGAAAGGAAGAACCUAAAGCUUUAGUGAGCGGAGCUGUCGCAGGAUGGGAGGAAAUUGUAUGA